ACCAAAAUUCGGGUCCGAGGAUGAGUAGCAAGAAGAUUAUCACCACAAAGAGUAUAGAUAUCACAAAACGUAGAUAAAAUUAUAUCUUUAGUGAUAAUCCUUAUUUUGCACAAAAGCAGGAAGCGGAUCAAUUGGGAGUCACUUCAUCAAGUCUCUCCAGACAAGCUGCAUAUACUUACCGAGACAAACGGAAAGAAAGGUGCGGUCAGUUUAAAUUUGUCCAGCAUGGGUUUCAGGAUGAUAUCCAAGGUCAUUUCUGUUUUGCUUUUCAUCCAGUACAGCGUAGCCACUGCUGACGAUAUUUUAUCUGGUGAUGCGGUGGACAUAAAUUCUCCCGAUCUCUUUACAAUAGAGAAAAAAUCGGAAGACACUCUGCCAAAAGGCGACACCAAUUUACAAGCUAGGAGGGACGCAACGGUUCUUGGCGUGGUCUUUGAAUAUGGAAAGCAAGCGUAUGAUUUUUAUAACGACAUACGUAGUCUUUUACCCGAGGCCGCUACUUGCACUAGUAUUGUGGCCAUACGUAAUUUCCUGGACACAAAAGCCUUGGUGAAUCCGGUAGUGUAUACUAAAGAAUCAAAAAUGAAAGCAGUUCCACCAGAGAGAAUCGGCCCAGGGGAAGCCACUGUCCUCGAGUUUGAUCAAGCCAGUGAAGAUGGAAAGCCUGAAGGAUCACUGGUAUACAAUAUCGAGGGAACGGACCUUUAUGUAACUAUAUUAUACCACGUGGUACCACCAAACACCUACAACGCCAGAAUAUUCAGAUUUGAAGCCAAAUACUCGGACGUCAAGGUAAACCUACACAGCAGUAUGAAGACCGUAGACGACUUUUAUCCCUUGAAAGCAGACGACACCAUUCAGUAUGACGUGCGUCUAGAAUGCGGUUACAAAGUGUCUGUCGUCAUGACUGACCACGAGAAGGCUACGAUGCAAGUUGACGUCUAUGAUUGCCAGGAUACCAUUGACAAGACUGUCUUAGUCGUGGCCAAUCAAACCGCUAAUGAAAGUAUCGUCGACCCACUGGGAUGUGAGCCUGGUGAUUUACCAAACUGUGGGUGCUGCCAGACCAUCUCCAACGCUAACACUCUCUUCUUAUUUCCAGUAAUAUGGACGCACGUGUUUUUUUCAACCCUUCUUUCAAUGUUCUACGGUAUUCCCUGAGAUGUUGCCCUUAAAUUUGAUAGAGCCAGGUUUAUUUUUCAAAUUAUAAAUAAAACGCAAACUGGUUUAAUAUAAUUUUUUUCUUUGAAGGUUAUUUUCAAAUUGCAGUAUGCAUUCUAUAUGGACCUUCAGUUGAAUCGAUUUUGUUUCUCCAGAACAAUGGUUUGGGAUAGAUUUUUAUGCUUUUGAGGCUAAAGCAAACAGAUACAACAAAAUUCAAUGAUGCGAUAUGUUACGAAGGUAAUUAUUUAAAUAGCGGUGUGCUUUUAGCUUUAUUCUCAUAGCUGUAUAGACAGGUUUCUCCAUUACAAGGGCAUGGAACACAUUGUUUUUGCUUUUUAUACCACUAGUAUUGCAAUUAUUUUGAAUAUUGGAACGCUUGGAUGUACAUUUUAAUUUUCGGAAUAUGGCAUUUAUAAGAAAUUGAUUCAAAGAUCAUUUUAACCGAAAAGAAAAUGAAAAUCUACUUUUUUCCCUCAUAUUUUGUAUUUGAUCAUUUAAGUUUUU